CAUUUGUAAACCUCAACUGUUGGUUUGACAUUUAUGAGGUGAAAAUUGAAAAAUAAAAUCUUUUGCAAAGCUUCUUUCAUUCUGCCAAACGCGUGGCGAAUAAUUUUUCAAUUUCUUUACGAUAAUAAGACCAAUAAAUUAUGCCGGGAGUAGAGACGAUCAAAUCUUCGUGGGCUGAUGAAGUCGAAUUGGAUUUCGGUGGUCUGCCACCUUCCACCGAGAACACUGAGAAUGGCUUGAAAUACGUCACCGAAUACAAAUACAAUAAGGAUGACAAAAAAAUCAAAGUGGUACGUACGUACAAAAUUAGUAAGCAAGUUGUUCCCAAAACUGUAGCCAAGCGAAGAACUUGGUCAAAAUUCGGUGACUCCAAGGAUGACAAACCAGGUCCAAACUCGCAAACAACUAUGGUAUCUGAAGAAAUCUUCAUGCAAUUCCUCAACUCAAAAGAAGAAGAAAAGACAAAUGAUAAUCUGCUUGAUCCAUCAAAGAACAUUGCCAAAUGUCGUAUCUGCAACGGUGAGCAUUGGUCUGUCAAUUGUCCCUACAAGGGAACUGCUAUGGACACUCAAUUGAUGGAAAAUAAGGCAACACCAACAACCUCAGAUGCACCAAAAUCUGGUAAAUAUGUGCCACCAUUUAUGAAGGACAGCCAAAAGGGCGGCCCUGGCAUGCGUGGACGCGAUGAUACUGCUGCAAUUCGUAUCUCAAACCUUUCUGAGUCUAUGACCGAAGCUGAUCUGGAGGAAUUGGUGAAGAAAAUUGGCCCGCAAAGUAAAAUGUACCUUGCCAGAGAUAAAAACACCGGCCUCUGCAAGGGUUUCGCCUACGUACACUUUAAACAGAAGAAGGAUGCGGCCGCUGCUAUUGAAAUCCUCAAUGGUCAUGGUUAUGAUCAUUUGAUCUUAAAUGUCGAAUGGUCAAAGCCACAGACUAAUUAAAUUUAUUAUAUUCUUUUUUAUUUUGUGUGGAUUGUAAUUGCAACACGAGAUAUAAAUAAAUUUUAAAUUGAAGAUA